AACAGCAUCAGCCAACGGUUUUCUCAGCUGCAAGAGAACAAUUUUAAAGCCAUAGCCAUGAUCAUGUUUGCGCAGUACGUGCAAGGAAACACAUUUGGCCAAGUGGUUAAAAUGGCUGAAGCUGUAACAGACUUUGCCAAAAGGUGCACUGAUGUAGACAGAGACAAUCCAAACUGUCAGAAGCCUUUGGACAGGAUCUUCCUCAACACUAUAUGCCAGGAGGACAAUCUUCCUGGAUUUACUGACUGCUGUGCUAAAAAGGACCCCGAAAGAAAUGAUUGCUUCCUCUCCCUUAAAAAUUCAUCAAAAGGAUUCAUUUCUCCUUUUGAAAGGCCAAAUGCUGAAGCUGCCUGCAAAAAUUAUUCAGAGCAUCGCCAUUCAUUACCAGGAUAUUUUAUCUAUGAGGUUUCCAGAAGGCAUCCUUUCCUCUAUGCCCCUACAAUCCUUUCUGUUGCUAUCCAUUAUGAUGAGAUGAUGAAGGACUGCUGCAGAAGCACUGAAGACUCCACUCAUAACCUGGAGGAAUGCUUUCGGAGACAGGCCCCAAAGGUGGUGAAGCCCAUCAGAGAAGAUGGCCUGAGGCAGGAACACACAUGUGGAAUCCUGAAGAAGUUUGGAGAACGGACCAUAAAGGCUCUGAAACUUGUGCAGAUAAGCCAGAAAUUCCCUAAAGCUGAUUUUUUUACUGUUACCAAACUUGUGUCGGAUAUUGCAAACAUGCACAAAGACUGCUGUCGUGGAGACAUGCUGGAAUGUAUGCGUGAUAGGGAAGAAAUUCUACACUAUGUCUGCACAAACCAAGACAUUAUAUCAAGUAAAAUUAAGAAGUGCUGUGAAAAGCCACUGCUCCAAAGAACUGAAUGCAUUGUUAAUGCAGAAAAUGAUGACAAACCUGCAAACUUAUCUCCCCAGGUUAGGGAGUUUAUAGAAGACAAAGGAAUAUGUGAACGCUUUGCUCAGGAAAAAGAUACCCACUUAGCCAGGUUUCUUUAUGAGUAUUCCAGAAGACAUCCUGAAUUUUCUGCUCAAAUGCUUUUAAGAAUAGGUAAAGGAUACGAGGACCUACUGGAUGAGUGCUGCAAAACUGGCUCUCCAGACAACUGCUGCAGCAGAGGGGAAGAAGAACUGAAGAAACACAUUUAUGAAACUGAAAGUGUGAUGAAAACAAGCUGUGACAUUUACAAGGAGAAAGGAGAUUACUAUUUCCAAAACGAGCUUCUCCUGAGCUUCACCAAGAAGAUGCCUCAGCUAACAUCUGCAGAGCUGAUAAAAUUCACCAAGCAAAUGACUACAAUUGGCUCCAAAUGCUGCCAGUUGAGCCAGGACAAGCUAUUGCCUUGUGCUGAGGAAAAUCUGGAUCUUGUGCUUGGAGAAAUAUGUAGAAGACACCUGACCAAUCCGAUAAACCCUGCUGUUUGCCACUGCUGUAGUAGCUCCUAUGCUCUCAGGAGGCCAUGCAUGGGGAAACUAGAAAUCGAUGAGCAUUAUGUGCCUUUAUCAUUAACACCUGAUCUGUUCACUUUCCACGAAGACUUGUGUACAACUGAAGAAGAAAAGUUACAGCACAAGAAACAGGAAAUGCUCAUCAACCUCAUCAAAUACAAGCCCCAGAUCACACAGGAGCAGUUGACUUCCAUCACCGUGGCUUUUACUGCCAUGAGGGAACAGUGCUGCAAAGAAGAGAAUCGUGAGGCAUGUUUUGUGAAAGAGGGUCCAGAACUUAUAAAAAGAAGUGAAAAACUGCUGUCAGCCUAAGGAGCUCAUUUAGCAUAUUGGAAGA